GUCAUGCCGAGGAGACGACGCCUACGUGCUGCCAAAGUCUGGGACUCUGCUCGCGUCUACAAGUUAUUUCCUAUUUCCCAAGGCUCGAAUGUGGGCAGAGGUCAGACGCAAUUACACAUUCGCUUCCGAUAUCUGGAUCCAGCGUCGCGUCUAGAUGAUCCGCUCUCUGGCAAAUUCGAUGCAGGCCCAGUGACCCCGGUGGCAUCGUCAAUUUGACGCUCUGUCUUAUACCUGGCAGCCACCCUUUCGUGACCAAGUCCUCGAGCAUGACUCCAUUGAAGUGCAAAAUGUCAAACUCCCUAUCACUGGCAAUUUGAGUAGAGCUUUGAGGCACCUGCGCCUUGGAUACAACCGGAGUCACAUUGUGUGGGUCGACGCCAUCUGCAUCAACCAACAGGAUCCUAAAGAGCAGGCACAACAAGUACAGCACAUGGCUGAGAUCUACUCAUCUGCUCACAAUGUAAUGGCGUGGAUCGGUGAAGAUUCAUCCAUACAGGAUGGGCAUCACAUUUUUGAGCUUUGUCAGGCACUUGUGCGUGGACCGGAGCACCCGUGGGACGACACUCUCACACGGGACCACGCUGCUUUGUGGGAAGUGUUCGCGAGCAGAAGAUACUUCACUCGGCUCUGGAUCGUGCAGGAGCUAGUACACGCGAGUAACAUCAAGUUCAUUUGCGGCUCUGCCGAAAUCAAAUUUGCAACUCUGAUAGAUGGGAUGCAUCUGGCGCUUGUGCAAGGAACUUUCUGGUCUCGCGCACUACAAUACACUGAUCGCUCAUCAACCGCGUUGCGAUACCAGAAUCCUUCUUCAGUCGUGUUGCAAGCCCUUCAGCUUGUGCGCAGUAUAGACAACACACGCAGAGACCGGACAAUCUCUGCGCUGUUUUCAAAUCUCCCAAGAAGUUCCGAGCCCGAUCAGAAAGAGCAGCUGAGCAUAUCUUGCACCGAAUUCGGCGAAGUGUUGUAUGAGCUUCGGCACCUUUCCUGUUCCGACGAGAGAGAUCGUGUCUACGCGAUGAUGAGUCUUUGCAGUGAAACCAAGACGACGGUUCUCGUGGACUACACGAUCGACUGCACGCAGGUAUAUUACAAUCUUGCAAAGAUCAUCUACACAGAUGAUAUGCUUCUCGUCGCUGCCAGCCAGCAUGCCAUGGGUGUAGCGCGAGAUCCUGAAUUGCCCUCGUGGAUACCGGAUUGGAGAGUGGAAUCUCGCAAGCCACAACCCCAAGCCCAACUAGACUUGUUCAGAGAGCUGCCUCCACACUGUAUCAGCUUUUUCUCCCUAUAUGCCCCAACAGCUAGAAGAAAAAACUAAUGUCCGGGAAGUUUUAUUCAAUGAUUCCGCAAAGCGCCUGGGCAUUACCCUUCUCUGUUUCGGACGUGUGCUCAUGCCAGAUAGUACUAACGACCGGACCUAUGUCUGGAAUCUGAACGUGCAAGACUUUGAGCUUUACGGAAGUGUGAAUGGACCACCUCGCCCAGCGGAGACUUUGCUGAAAGAAGGAGACUAUAUCUGUCGACAUACGUACAAAGACAUGCCUGGCGCAGAAGAAACUUGUUUCAUGGUGCUCCGUGCUGUUGCCCGAGCUGAACACGAUAUCUUCGUGUUCAACACGCACACUAUUCGCGCAGUACAGUGGGUAGGGUUGGUGCGUUGUGUUUCAGAAGAGGUGACGAACGCUCUAGACGCACGGAAAUACCCAGGUACAAAGCGGCGGGAGUUCUGGAUAGUGUAGCUCAUGUUAGGCUACAAGCCUUCGCUUCUCAAGAUGCCGACAGUGCUGUUGCGAAUGUGUAAAGGAAGUCCAGCCAUGA